CCGAACAUGACGCAUCUUUUUAUGGAUAAAUCUGCAAUAAAUUAUAAAAUCUGCCAGGGGUGAUUUGUAUUUUUUGAAACACUUUAACUUAACGCGUUUUGCUUCCUUAACUAUCUUUAGCAUAAUUAAUUAUUCGUGGAACAAAUAUCGGGGUAAAUAAUAUUGUAGUGUUGCACACAAGGCCGCGUCACUGCACUAGCCGGCGGAGCGUUAUGUCCGUCAGUCGAGUGCCCGCACGCGGCGAGCUAUGACGUGCCGCCAGCGUGAGUGUGUCGCGUGGCGCGAACGGCCGCGCGACUUGUGACCCCGUCGUCGGCAUGUGAUGUUCCGGAGACGCGCGCUGCGGCGGCGGCUGGCGGCGGCCGGCGCGCCUUCCUUGCCGGACGACCAGCUGCGGCGGCUCGCGAGGGCGUUGGACGCGGGCGCCGCCGGCGGGGAGUGCGUGCCGGCCGGUCACGCCGCCUCACAACUCCGGCUCGCCGUCACCCGCGCCUUCAGGUUCCCCGACCUGCGAGACUCCAGCGAGCUGCGGCGGCUGCCGCUCUGCGCCGACCAGGACUGCUGCAACCCGUACCACUGGAGCCGCCUCUGCAAGCCCGAAACCCCUCCUCCACCUUACAGUCGUUACGCAAUGGAAGACCUCAAACCUAAAGAACACGGAGAGAGUACAGAGGAUGCACGGAGGACGAACCACGAGCGGCUUGUCACGGGGUCCCUGGCUACUGACGGUGAAGAACGUCAGAGCUGGGAGUCAGAAUGGUGUCGGCUUGCAUACUGGGAGCUGACGCAGAGGGUGGGUCGCCAGUUCGGAGUCAGGGUGAGGGCUGUGGACGUCUUCGGAGGCGGAGGAGGCGCCUGUGGGUCAGGCAGGCACGGGCUGUGCUUGGACGCCUUGGACCAAAGGGGGGAUGCACCGCAAGCUGAGCAGGUGAAAAAAACAAGAGCAAAGAUCGGUCUCGGCGUCACCCUGUCACUGGAAUCUGAUGGCGUGUGGCUUUACAACCGGAGUCAGGAGCCAGUGUUCGUCAGCUCACCAGCGCUAGACGCAGCAGCUGCCAAAGCCUUGUUAGUGUGGAGGGUGGCUCCAGGCCACUGCCUCUGCAUCUUCGAUCCCUCGUGCCCGCCGCCAGCGGUCUCGUUGCCCCACAUCGGCCCCGUAGACCCCAGGUCCGUGAGGAUCUCGUUCGCGAAGGGCUGGGGCCCGAAGUACUCGCGGCGGGACGUGACAGCGUGCCCCUGCUGGCUUGAAGUCCUGCUGGCGCCCCCGAGCUGACGCUAAUAGAGUGCAGUGCUUUUCGCGAGGCUAUUUGCUUUGGAAACUUAAUUAACGUACUAGGUGUUGUGAUAGCUCAAAAUACUCAGUUAUUUGUCAUGCACCUUUACUUUUAACUCUUAAAGUAGGAUCUUUGCCUUUGUGGAAGCGAGACGGUGCUAUACGUCCCGUAUAGAGCCGUGUCGCUUCCACAACGGCAAUAGUCCUGUAUUGAGAGCUCUAAGUAAGUGGACGGACUUUAAGUUCCAAUUGUACGGUCUUGGUCGAACCCAAAGCAAAUAGCCUCACAAACAUUUUGAACUAAGUGGAAAACAGACCAUAAGUGAAGUGCAGACAUUUUUAAAUGAACUCAGUGAAGUUUUAUUAUUGGACCUUAUACACGCUGAAGGAAGCGGUCAUCUAGGUAAUAUUAAAGCAAUAGUGGAGUCCUGCUCGCUCCCUUAAAAUAGAGCAUAAACAUACACAUUAUUAUAUAAAGCUUAAUGCCAAUAAUAUUUAACAGGUGACACAUUUUCCAUGGCCUGAAGUGUAGAGUGCGUUGCGUUGGCGACCACUCGGUAUUUUUACAUCUCUUGUUAAUAAUGGUACAUUAUGUUUUGUUAUCAUUAUGUAUUUGUUACUUAAAUACCUGUAAUGCCGUUACAUAGACUUAUAAAAUACUAGUCUACAUACAAGUUCUUGGUACUUUAGUGUUAAAGUAUCAAGACGGCAGAAUGCGUAAUUUUUUAAAGUCAUUUUUGACUCUUACCAUAAUAAUGUAAAUAGUUUUGUUGGUUAACGUGCGUAUGGGGCCUUGCUUGUUGGUUAAUUCUACGUUAUUUGAGGGUACUUGUGAAAAAUACUGGACUGUAUACGACUUCAUGUUUUCAUUUUCAUUAUUUUCAGGGUACCGUGAUUAAAUAACUUCUUUCUGUUGUUACUUUAAUUCCUAAAAGAGUAAAAUUCAAAAUUUCCCUGAGAUUUGCAGAUAAUUUAUCUUUGUUUUACACCUUGAUUUUCUAAACUAAGCUCUGUUUUUAUAUAAUGUUUAAUUUUUGUGGUUAUCACGGCACCCUACUUCAUUAAUAUCAUAUUAUUGUAAUCGCAGUGCCAUUUAGAUAUUCUCAUAAGUUGGAGCUAGCCAACUUAGUUGCGGAGUACUCAGAUACACGGCAGUAUUUCCCACGGAACCCUCACCAUCGAAUCUGAGGCCUUAUCAUGUAAAUAGUUGACUAUUCAAGUCAUUCAUACUGUACAUAUUGUAUAAAAACUCGGCUUUAAGACAAUGCGAGACUGUAUAUAUAAUGUUACAUAUAUGUACUAUAAAUAUUUGUAAUUAAUUAUUUAUAAUUAUGAAAUAUGCCUUACCUUA